AUGGCUCAACCACCUGGCUUUGUCAAUCCCGCUUUCCCUUCUCAUGUUUGCAAAUUGAACAAAGCCAUUUAUGGUUCUUCUCCUAUUUAUAUUCUUGUCUACGUUGAUGAUAUAAUCAGCACCGGCCCUUCCACAUCCCUCGUCACUCAAUUCAUCAACCUACUGUCUAUUCAAUUCUCCCUGAAGGACCUCGGUUCUCUUUCUUAUUUCCUCCGCAUUGAAUGUAUCCCACACUCUCAAGGUCUUCUGUUAUCCCAACAAAAAUACAUCACUGAUAUUCUUAAAAAGGCAAAAAUGAGUGAUUGUCGACCUAUUUCUACUUCUAUUACUUGCUCCGAAACUCUCACACUUACUGGUGCGCCAGUCUAUCCUUCUCCUACGGAUUAUCGAGCCAUUGUUGGAGCUCUAGAGUACUUAUCUCUUACUAGACCAGAUGUUGCUUUCGCAGUGAACAAGCUCUCUCAAUUCAUGCAUGCUCCCACCUUUCAGCACUGGUCAGCUCUUAAAUGUCUACUUCGUUAUCUCCAAGGCACAAUAUCUAAGGGACUUCUUCUACGCAAAGGUUCGGCUCUCAACUAA